GUCGUUGAGCCAAGGUAAACCUUUAGGUUUGGGCCUUUUCCAUUUAAGGGGGGCAAUAGAGUCUAAAAUAGAAGAACAGGUGGUGUAGAAUAGGGAAGUGAGUUCUUCAGUGCUGAGAUGGGGAGGGGAAGCCUCAAUAGUGCAUGUGUGUGGGGCAGCUAUGAGGGACUGGGAAAACUUACCGACAGUCGAAGAGUUAAGGUAGCGAGAGCAGCCUACAGGGAGAUGACAAUUAGCAGAUCAGACCACAGAUUCUGAGAGUGUGUGUGUGUAUGUGAGUGUCCCUUAGCCUCGGCUUGAAGUUUUGUCACACACUUAAUAAAAUCCUUCCCAAAAAGGAGUGAGGAGUGCAGAGAGAGGGAGUGACCACAGUCUUAGAGAUAAACGUACCAGUUUCCUCACUCCUGUAUCUAGGGUAGACACAGACACACUUGACUCAUCCCACAUCACCUCAGUAGCAUCUCCUACUGCACCUCUAUCCCUCUGCACACAGACAUGCAGGCUGUUCUUCUGCUCUUACUGCUGGCUGGAGCCUCCAAAGGUCUGGACUCCACCUGUGAUGCUACUCAGGAUGCUGCAUGUUAUGGGGCUCUGGGAGGACCUGUGUAUCUGCAGCUGAUGAGGAACACCAGUGGGCAUACACUGAGCUUUCAUAAUGAACGUAAAGCCAUUUUUACACUCAGACCAUCCAAGACAGUGUUCUACAAGGACUACAACACCCCAUCAUUCCUUCAGAGGUGGCAGUUUGUUCCUGAUAACGGGACCCUGAUUAUAAACCCUGCAGAGAGGAAAGAUGCAGGAACAUACAGAGUGAGGAUCUUUAACAAGUCAACAGGGAAGAGUGUGGGAGAGCACACAGUACAGCUGAUCAUUGAAGCCCCUGUGUCUGAUGUGGACCUGUCAAUCAGCUGCUCAGCCAAUGAGGAGUGGAGGGUGAGGUGCUCCUCCAAUGGGGACAGUCCUCAGUACAGCUGGUACCUGGAUGGGAGGCCUCUGAGUGAAGCUGAUGCUGAUCUCAGUGCAGAUAUCCAGACUCUCCUGCUGAAUGGGAAUGUGACUGGAGAACUCACCUGCAGCGUCUCAAACCACGUCAACAGCACAAACACCUCAGUUCUGCUGCUGGACGUCUGCUCUGGUAUUUCUUCAGUGUUCAUCAGUGUGUGGCUGGCAGAGAUCAUCAUACUCACAUCACUGCUGGUGGGAGGGUAUUACAUCUACAUAAGAAACAAGAGAACACACACUCCAGAUGAGCGUAAGGACCAGGAAGUGGAGCUCACUCCGACCUCUUCAUAUUAGAGAUGAAGAAUUUCUCUCCUGAUUCUUGACUGGAGAACAUCAGAUAAUCUGUCUUUGAUGAAGUAGUGGAAUCUUCAUGAACUCACAUCGCACAUGCUUUGACAUCACACACAAGACCCUAGUGUAGGCUAUGUAGUACACACACACACACACACACACACACACACACA